GGCUCCGCGGGGGCGGGGCUGCGAGCCGUGGGCGGCGUGGCGCUGCUACCAGGGCGCAGGGCCGUAGGUGCUGGGGAUCGCGGCGACUUAGCCCACGGAUCUGCGGUGUGUUGCUCAGGAAAGCUCAUCCUCCCGGGCAGGAGAAGCAUCGGGCGAAGGCUGCCCCCACCGACUAGUGCAGGGCCUCAGGCCGAGUAGGGCCGAGAGCUACGGGAGUAAGCGGCGGCGGGUCCCGAGCGCAGCGCGCCAUGGCGGGCGGGCCCCCCAAGGCCCUGCCGUCCACGGGGCCCCAGUCCUUGCGCGACAUGCCGCACCCGCUAGCGGGCUCCAGCAGCGAGGAGGCCGUGGGAGGCGACAGCACGCCCAGCCCGGACCUACUGAUGGCCCGCAGCUUCGGUGACAAGGAUCUCAUAUUGCCCAAUGGUGGUACUCCAGCAGGCACUUCAAGCCCAGCUUCUUCAUCUUCGCUUUUGAACAGACUUCAGCUGGAUGAUGACAUUGAUGGUGAAACCAGAGAUCUCUUUGUCACAGUUGAUGAUCCCAAGAAGCAUGUCUGCACAAUGGAGACCUACAUCACGUACAGGAUCACCACCAAAAGCACACGGGUGGAGUUUGACUUGCCAGAGUAUUCUGUUCGUCGACGAUACCAGGAUUUCGACUGGUUGAGGAGCAAACUGGAAGAGUCGCAGCCCACUCAUCUCAUUCCCCCACUUCCUGAGAAGUUUGUGGUGAAGGGUGUCGUGGAUCGAUUUUCAGAAGAGUUUGUGGAGACCAGAAGAAAAGCGUUGGACAAAUUCCUAAAAAGGAUUACAGAUCACCCGGUGCUCUCUUUCAAUGAACACUUCAAUGUGUUCCUCACUGCUAAGGACCUGAAUGCCUACAAGAAGCAGGGGAUAGCAUUGCUGACCAGAGUGGGGGAGUCGGUCAAGCAUGUCACUGGAGGCUACAAGCUGCGGAGUCGGCCUCUGGAGUUUGCAGCCAUCGGUGACUACUUAGACACUUUUGCACUCAAACUGGGAACCAUCGAUCGGAUAGCCCAGCGGAUCAUCAAAGAAGAAAUAGAGUACCUCGUGGAGCUGAGGGAGUAUGGGCCUGUGUAUUCCACGUGGAGCGCUUUGGAAGGUGAGCUGGCGGAGCCCCUGGAGGGUGUGUCAGCUUGCAUUGGGAACUGCUCCACAGCCUUGGAAGAGCUGACGGAUGACAUAACAGAAGAGUUUCUGCCUGUGCUCAGGGAAUACAUUCUAUACUCUGACUCCAUGAAGGGUGUGUUGAAGAAGAGGGACCAAGUUCACGCAGAGUAUGAAGCCAAACUGGAAGCUGUGGCUCUGAGGAAAGAAGAUCGCCCCAAGGUGCCAGCAGAUGUGGAGAAGUGCCAGGACAGGAUGGAGUGCUUCAACGCAGACCUGAAGGCUGAUAUGGAGAGGUGGCAGGGCAACAAGAGAAAUGACUUCCGGCAGCUGCUCGUGGGCUUGGCUGACAAGAAUAUCCAGUAUUAUGAGAAGUGCCUCAUGGCGUGGGAGUCGAUUAUUCCACUACUGCAAGAGAAACAAGAGGCCAAGUAGCUUUGGUUUUGGAGCAAAGACUCUUCUGCCUCCACAGGGCAUGGUACCCUGAACCUGAAUGUCCCUGCAGUGCCGGAGAGGUCGCCGUGGGAAAACAGCACAACACCACCUCUUGAGUGUGUACUUUCUCCCCACCCACCCCCAGUCGUUUUCAGUUAGUAUUUAUUCCUUGGAGUCUGUGAGGCUGUAAUCAUCUCUCAGCAGAAGCAUACCUCCAUAUUGUGAAGGAACCUCUUAAUGGAACACUACGAAGACUUGAAACUGAGGGGCAGGAUAACCCCCACUUGACCUGUGACAUCACUUUGGGAGCAUCCCAGUUGCCAUUGUGGGACAGAACCCCAGUCCUGCAUUUCAGGGACAUGGGGAGGCAUGAAGAGAGCAGCUGCGGCUUGCUGUGGAGACAUCUUAGCUCUGCACUUUACCCGUGAGGGCAUUAAUGUGACCCAGCAUGGAAGGAGGUGUGGGUACCUUCUCUCUCGGAAAGUCCUUAAUUUACAGUGGCCUGUGGCUGCGACUGCGGCUCUGGCUGUGGCUGUAGCCGUGGCCGUGGCAGGCCUACUGCCUGCUCGUGAUGAGUGGCAUCUAUGUACUUGUUUCUGGUUCACACGGGACCACCUAAAUCUGUGUCUGUGAGCAUCGAUGCUUGAGUGAGCAAGCCAGCGUCCUUGUCCUUAAUGGAUGCCUCAGGAUCUUGUUUCUGACCCCAGAAUGCAGCAGAGGAGAAGCUUUUUGGUGUGAACUGGAAAAAAAAAGGUGCAUUUUUCUCUGUGAGGUCUUGGUGUGUGUGUUUUGCGUGUUAACUGUCAUCGUGGUUGGGAUUAGACCUGUUUGCAAACAGCUGCUGUCAAUGACGCUCCUGUGUGCCAAGCCCCAGCUCCGAUGUCUGCUUUGUGCAAUUUGCCUUUACCUCACCAAAAAUGUCUCGUUUAAUCUGUCUGCCAUGCCCGCUGACUGUCUGGGCAGCCUUGUGGUGAGGGCUGGUGUGCUGCAUUAUUGCUGUCACUAUGUGUAAACUCAGUGUGACUGCUCUACAUGAGUGUUUUAACCCUCACGGUUCUGUGGCCAGAAAGAAAACAGCAUCUGCAGGUCCCUCAGAGACGAGAAGAGUGAGCGACAUCGUGCUCUUUGCUUCUGGCUAUAUAGAAAUCCCCAUUUGUAGCUAAAAUCUGGGGGCUGCCGCUGUGCUUAAAGUCUUCAUUUGAAGCUUUCCAAGUUGCCAUAAGCCAACAGUCAGGAAGAAUCUCUCUCUUCCAUACCAUUGCUCUUGCUAGGAAGAAGCUGCAUUUUUGUGUUCUUUUAUCUCUGGCUCUUUGCUAAAAAUCCCUAGAUCUGAGCUGCAGGUAUACAGAAGGGGCUUUGUUUUUAAGGCGGAGCAGUCAAGCACUGCCUCAUAUACAAGUUCAUUUUCAAAUCCAAUCAUCAUCCAGCAUGCUAAGUCCUGUAAUUCCCUCUAAUAUGGAGUCAGCUGCAUCGGGGACAUCAUGGGACCGCAGGUAGACAGCAUGAAGCAAUUGUCCUCUCACAUUCGGCAGAUCCGUGAUAGAGAUAAUAAUCCCCACAUCUAUCGGUACUUGCCCAAACCUAUCUGUGCCACCCCAGAGCCCUUGCUGUGAAUUGUCUGUGGUACAAAUAGAAAAGGCCCACUGAAGCAGAAGAGUAAGAACAGUCUGUACACCCCACCUCCAGCGAGUCGGCGUCUCAUUCUACCUCCAAACCACCGGACUGGUGUGGGUACGCUCAGAGUCAACCAGAACGCGGGAGAGUCAGGGCGUGCGUUUGGUUACCAACAGGCCUCCAUCCAUGCGUAUCAGAGGACAGCAAACUCGCCAGAGGUGAUGUCCAUCUUUGGGAAACACGAGGCUUUGCCUUGUGGACUGAACGCUUGAUACUCGCACAGUGAUGUAAUGAUGAACACAGUGAUGUAAUGAUGCAUACAGUGACGUAAUGGUGCAUACAGUGAUGUAAUGAUGAACACAGUGAUGUAAUGAUGCAUACAGUGAUGUAAUGAUGCAUAUAGUGAUGUAAUGAUGCAUACAGUGAUAUAAUGUAGAAAGAACUAUAGAAAGAAUUAUGAUGAAGCUAAAAUCUGAUGACCAGCUAGUUGCCAAAACCCCAUGUCAAUCCCGUGUGCUGGUUAGUUACACAAGAAGAAAGUCCCAUAGAAACAGCCUCCGGUUGCACUGGAAAAUGUAUGGAGGGAAGCGUGGUCCUCAGCCAUUCCCUCAUGAGAGAUGGUUCUCAUGGCAUCUUGAAGUGUUUGUCUUGUUCUGUUUAUUUGGCUGGUAGGCAAUGUCCCUGGGCUUUGAAUUUCCAGAAAGAGCUGGAAUAAUGGAG